CCUUAAGGGCUACAUAUAUUUAGAGGCGGAGGUAAUGAAGGACCGUACAAAAUCAGCUGCAUUCAUCUAUCGCUAAAAAUAUAAUUAUAUUUGCAGAUAUGCUGAUACCCCAAACAAAGAAAGAAGUCGAAAAUGGAGUUGCCGGUGGAAAUAUUGUCAAGGGAAAUAAUAAAGCCAGCAACUCCUACACCACCUCAUCUCAAAUGCCAUAAAUUGUCUCUCAUGGACCAACUUAACCCAUUAAAGUACGUUAUUUCCAUAACAUGUUAUGCUCCUACUCCUACCGAGGAUCAUAGCACCAUCACUGUUGCUAGGCUAAAGCAGUCUCUAUCCAAAGCGUUAUCUCUAUUCUACCCUCUCGCUGGUAGGCUCGCUCCUGACGAAUCUUCCAUCGAUUGCAACGACCAAGGCAUACUCUUCGUUGAAGCUUGGAUGUUGAAAGCAGAAGAAUUAGUUCUGGUAGCGACACAAGUAACAAUCUUCACAUGCGGCGGGGUAAUGAUUGGGAAAAAGGGAAUACACAAGAUCAUGGAUGGGACAUCAGGUGGUAGUUUCGUGAAAUGUUGGUCCGACUUUGCAAGAGGAGGAGAUCAAGUAGACAAUAAUAAUAAGCCCGACUUCACCACGGCCGCCAUCUUGUUUCCUCCCCGUCCAUGGGCAGCAUUAGUGCCACCUAGGGCACCUCUACCAUUUUCGAAAUUGGAUGGAAACAAAUUGCCUACCGGCUGCGUUGUUAAGGUGUUCCGCUUUAGCCCUCAAUGUGUAUUAACUCUCCAGGCUAAUGCAAGGAGUAGUGACCGCCUACUCAAGCCUACCCGCCUUGAAGCUGUGUUCGGGUUCAUAUGGAAGCAUGCCAUGGUUGCUGCGGCCAAAUCCAAAAAUGCGCCAUCUAUUGAAUACAAAGGGCAGGACGAGGACAACGAAGCUAAGAUAUCAUCAGUGCCUGAGCUAUCGGACUUGAUUAGCGAAAUUUCAAGAGCCUUGGCCUCGGCUAAGGAUGUCGAAUUCUUAAACAAGUUAAAGGGAGAAAAGGGGAGCGAAAAAAUACGUGAAAACAAGCAAAAGCUAGCAGACUAUAGCAAGGAUGAUGCUAAUAUAAACGUAUAUAGGUGUACUAGUUGGAGUAAGGUUGGUUUGGAUUAUCCUGAUUUCGGAUUCUUGGGGAAGUCCGUUUGGAGUGGGCAUAGUGGUGUUCUUAAGAAUCAAAUAUUAUUUAUCAUGAAUUCGAAUCAAGGAAUUGAAGUCUCAUUGACAUUGGAUGAAAAAGAGAUGGAAUGUUUGCAGUCGAAUUCUGAGUUCCUUCAAUUCGCUUGCCCAACGUAGUAUUAAAAAUCACAAUAUGGUGCACGUAAAAUGCUGUAAUUUAGAAAUAGACCGGUUGACGGUCAUAUCAUUUACUGCACCGUGUGAGCCUCGCUCGGUUUCAUCAUUUGCGCAUUGUAUCUUUAUGAUGAAAACAUGUACUACGUAUAUGUUAAAUAUUGGUAGUGGGAACGUUGUUGCCCAUAAUUUAGCUCGCUUUUGGUUGUGAACAAAUUUGGGAGAACCAAAUUUCUUGUGAGGUUACUGCGUAUGUUUUGAUGGAUAAUUUAUCAAUAUAAGACUCCGUUAACUUGGUUUAAAAAAAAAGAAAAAGAAAUACAUAUGAUGGUCAUAUCAUUUGCUGGACCUCACAGGUCUCGGAAACAUCAUUUACGCCUUGUAUCUUUAUAAUAU